AUGUCGCGUCCGACAUCCGCCAUGCCUCAGCGUCCCCUGACGCUGACCGAGGAGCUGGAGAAACUCGAACAGUCCAUCACCCUGACUCUGCAAGAGAUCGACCACAACUUCAGCCAGGCCCAUCGCAUCGUCACCUCCAGCAUCCUUCCUCUCGUCGAACAAUACGCCGAGCACUCCCGUGACGUCUGGGAUGGCGCCAAAUUCUGGAAACAAUUCUUCGAAGCCAGCGCCAAUGUCUCCCUAUCCGGAUACGAAGAACGCCCCAACGAAGAAGGCGAAGGCGACACCUCCCAGGAGCACACCGUGACGGAGGACGAUCCCUCCCACAUCACCCACAGCCAGCUCUCCGAAUCCGCGUCCUACGAGACUCCCUCGUCCGCCCGGCUGGACAUCAACCACCGCGCCGACGACCUCGAACUGACCUCCCUCAGUCUAUCGUCACAUAGCACGCCCCGCGCUCCUCCCCACAUGAACCCCAAUACCGCCGACGAUACCAUCUCGUCCAUCGCCCAUCCAUCCCCCUACGACCACGGCCAACGGGCCGAAUCCCCGGCCUACGAUGACGACGACCUCCCCACUACCCCCGGAAGACACUCCCGCCCCCGCGGAUACUCGCACGAGAACACCUCAAGAACUCCCAUGUCCUCGUCCCCGUUCAUCCCGCCCGUCUCCCGCGACGCGCCGCCCAGCACCGCCGGAACCCGUCAUCGCGCCGGGUCCGGCUCCGACCCGGUUCUGCACCGCGUGCUCGACAAGACGUACCGCGUGCAAGCCACCCCGCUGGGCAAGGGCCACGCUGCCGGACGGUCCAAGUUUACCGUGACCCCGAAACAGUCGUCGUCCAAGUACGCGGCCGAUGACUCCCCGCUGUCCAGCCCCGAGAUGGAGGCGCCGCGGCUGCACGCCGAGAUCUUCUCGUCUCCGCUGAAAACGCCCGGCACGAACCGCAAGCGUCGCACCAGUAGCCAUCUCCGCGCAACCCCCAAGCCUGGCACGAGUGUCUUGACUCCGGCCAAGGGGUCUAGUCGACCGGUCUGGGACAGUGAUGAUGACUUUGAGGACGAGGACGAGACGUUCGGGCCUAGCCCGCCAAAGACUAUGCAGUUCCAUAUCCCGCAGAGCCGCCUGAUGAAGACGCCAGCCAAGGAAGCCUCCAAACGGAUCGUCGAGCAUUUGCUGUACACGGCAGGGGCUAACGAUACCACCGACGAUAUUCAGGAUGAACAGAGUCCCAGCAUGGUGCGACGGAUGGAGCGAUUGGAGGACGACACUUUUUGA